GUGGUCUUUGCAACCUGCAUGCAGUUAAUGUGUACUACUGAUUAAAAUAAGACGGUUUAGUCGCGUGAGUGUGUCGGACUUCAGUUGUAUCGCGUUAAUUCAGCAAUGUAUUUUCCGACAAUUUUAUUGAAGCUUGUCGUGGUACUUGGUGCUCUCGCGCUAGUGUUGCAGUGUUUACGGUACUGUCUGGAAAGUAAGCAGUACGUCUUCAAUAAAGAUGAUAUCGCAAAACUGGCCAAGCAAUACGCAGGAUUAGACCAUGAGCUGGCUUUUUCCAAAGUGGUGCUGGAGCUACGAAAGAAGUAUCCAGGUCACAUACUGCCAGAUGAAGACCUGAAAUGGGUUUUUGUCAAUGCUGGUGGUUGGAUGGGUUCCAUGUGUUUGCUCCAUGCGUCCCUGACUGAAUAUGUUUUGCUGUUUGGAACUGCAGUGGAUACCAGUGGCCAUUCAGGUCGAUACUGGGCUGAAAUCUCAGACACCAUUAUUUCUGGUACAUUUCGCCAGUGGAAAGAGGGAACAACAAAAAGUGAUGUUUAUUAUCCAGGUGACACUAUUGUUCAUAAACCAGGUGAAGCUACAUCUGUACAAUGGACUGCAGGAACCUGGAUGGUGGAAUAUGGCAGGGGAUUCAUCCCUUCAACUUUGGGUUUUGCACUAGCUGAUACAAUCUUUAGCACACAGGACUUUGUUACCUUAUUUUAUACACUUCAAGUUUAUAUAAAAGGAAUGUUACUAGAAGCACAUACAUAUCUUACUGAGGUUGGUGUUUUUUGAUCUUACUAAAGACAUGGAAUGGAUAAUAUUUCUUGACUUCAGCGUUUCCCACUUUUUAAAUAAUUUUUGUUAAUACUCGCUAAUUGUGAUAAACCUAGCAACUUAUGUAGACACGCCUUAAUAUUUUUUUGUAACCAUGUUUUUAAGAUUCCUAAUUCUUUAUUUAUGGAACAUGCAUUACCAUUAUAACAAUAAUUUAAAAUGGUUUGUUUCUUCAUUUUUAUUAAACAUCAGGCCUCAAUUAUAACUUUA